AAGGCAGCUAAGGAAUAAUGUUCUGAGAGCUACAUUUCAUUUUCAUGCAGGUUACUUCAAGGUUGAUGUGCAUGAACAUUACAGGCAGACUUUGUGCAAUUGAUGACUAGCACCAUUGAGUGGUUUUCUAUAAAUGAAGCAUAAUCGGACUGACUCAGAGACUGAGGGCACUAACACAAAAAGGUCUUUGGUGUGAUCUGACGUAACACUCCCUUAAUAGUGCACAUGGCAUGUCUGCGGCAUGGAUUACUUCAUGUUAUAUAUCCAGCAUAGAUUGUGAUGGUUGUGCUGUUUUCUCUGCAGUCCGGCGUCUCCAGUAGUUCCUCUUUGAAGAGCUCCCACUCCACUAGCUCUAUAUAUAAUGAUCUUCACAAAAAACCUGUUGGAAGUAGCUCCAAAAAGGACCUUCUGACUGGAUUGUAUCAUGACCAAAGAAAUUACACCAGCUUAAAGAACUCCAAACCUUCUCCCUCUACUGUCUCUACCUAUACACCACGGGCUCCCUCCAGCAGCAGUUCUACAGGUCUGACGCGCAGCUAUAGUGUGGCCUCCAUUUGUGACGACGGUCUUUAUGGUUCAUAUAGUUCCCGAGCUCCCUCUGAAUGCAGCUGGUAUUCUUCUGGUGCCAGUUCCACCCGAAGCAGCCCUGUGUCAUCCUCUGAUGACGAUUCUGGCAGCACUGUGUCCCAAAGUCGACGUGGGAGAAGGGAUAGUGUGUUGUCUGAUUUCUCUGAUAUCUCUGAGACGGCUGCUGAUUAUUUCAGCCGCUCUAAUCGCAGGGGCAGCAUUGUCUCUGAUCUUGAUGAUAUGAGCAUCCCAGACCUGGACAGUCUCGAUGAGAAAUGUGACAAGCAGUUUACAGACACCUACAGCCGGCCGUCCUCUCGAUGUACCACCCCGGCGCUCUCCGCAGCUGCCCUGGCAUCUCUGGGAGGCAGCAGUUCUAGAAGGGGCAGCGGAGAUGCUGGAAGCAUCAUUAUGGAUGCAGAAGUUUCUAUCAGCGAAUUAAAGGACAUCUAUGAUCUAAAGGACCAGAUUCAGGAUGUAGAGGGCCGAUACAUGCAGGGUCUUAAAGAGUUGAAGGAUUCUCUGUCGGAAGUGGAGGAGAAGUACAAGAAAGCCAUGGUAUCCAAUGCCCAGCUAGACAACGAAAAGGCAAACCUCAUCUACCAAGUGGACACACUCAAAGACGUCAUCGAGGAGAUGGAAGAGCAAAUGUCAGAGCUGCACAGGGAAACAGAGGAGAAAUCAAAGGAGUUAGAGCGGCAGAAGCACACAUGUUCAGUCCAACAGCACAAACUAGAGGACAUGAAGGAGGGAAUUCGUCAGCGAGAUGAACUUAUCGAGGAGAACCAGAAAAUUCAGCAAAAGCUAGAUAACCUCACGAGAGAGGCAUUUGACCUGCAGGAAACUGUUAACUGGAAGGACAAAAAGAUUGCGGCGUUAGAGAGACAGAAAGAAUACUUUGAUUGCAUUAGGAAUGAGAGAGAUGAGCUCAGGGAUGAGCUGGCUGACCUCAAGGGGAAAAGCCGAAUGGGAGAGAAACACGGGCUGGUCAUCAUACCCGAGGAUAUGCCCAAUGGAGAUGUCAGCCACGAGUCCCCUACCUCAGGCAUCACUGUGGUCACACAAGAGGCAGCGCAGGUGCUGGAGUCAGCGGGAGACGGACCUUUGGAUGUAAGACUACGAAAGCUUGCAGAUGAAAAGGAUGAACUUUUGUCCCAGAUCAGAAAACUAAAGAUGCAGCUGGAGGAAGAAAGACAAAAACACUUAAAGAUUGACAGUGUUUACACAGAAGGAGAGCGAAUGGAGAACGGCACUGACCUGCAUUUCAUCGAGAUGCAGAGGGACGCCAAUAGACAGAUAAGUGAAUACAAAUUCAAGCUUUCAAAGGCUGAACAGGAAAUGGCAACGAUGGAACAAAAUGUAAAUAGACUUGAAGGACAGGUGUCCAGAUAUAAAUCUUCAGCAGAUAAUGCAGAAAAGAUAGAAGAUGAGCUGAAAGCAGAGAAAAGAAAACUUCAGAGGGAGCUGCGCACAGCCUUGGACAAGAUCGAAGAAAUGGAAAUGACCAACAACCAUCUCAUAAAGCGUCUGGAGAAGAUGAAAGCAAACAGAAAUGCUCUUCUGUCCCAGCAGUGAAGAGAGACUCUCCAACACCUUACAGUAGGACACCAAAAACAAAACUGCAGGCCCUUUACCUUCUUUCCUCGCCUCUCGUGGUAAAAUACAGAUUUACACCCCACUAAGGCAACACUGUGAGGGAGGAAGCCUCUAAACCUUUUCUUCUGUUGGUUUUGUUGUUUUUAAAAGCUUGGUACAUCACGGUAGCCGUUGAGGUUUCAUUGCUCGGACUGGGUGCUUUUUCCCCCUCCUCUUUUGUAAGUUGCACGAGUAUAAAAGCGCUUUUUAAACUGUAAAUCGACAUGACUGCAGGGCCCUCGACGUCCAUGUAAAUGCUUACACAGCAAUGUGCCUUCACAGGGAGGACGAGGGUUAUAUGCAUUAUAACACUAUACAGGAAAAGCAUAUAUUUCUACCGGUACAAAAAACAUUAAUGUGUUUAAUAAAGGGUACAGCCAUGAGUUGAACAUUAUAGAGAAUUAAUCAUGUCUGCUAUGGUUUCAAUUAAGUAUUUUUGUUUUGUUUUUCAAAUAUUUAAAAUAUUUCUUGAAAAUAAAUGUGUAAAUGAAUGCAGUAUGAAUGGGUGGGUGAUUCAUGAAAUGUGAUUGUUUGCAGGGCACAUUGAAUUUUGUUAGGGUUUUUUUUUUUUAAGUGCUUUGUCACAAUGGACUACAUCAAUUUUACACUAAAUGUAAUGAUUUUAACUCCCAGUAAGAGACCGAUGUUUCUACUGUGACAUUGUGAGAUUUGAGAUUCAAGUCCCAAAUGCCACUUGAUGCCUUUCACGAUACUGUUGUAUUCAGGUUUGGUGCAACUUUUUAAUCACACUAGAAACCAAUUGUUUGACACUUCAUGCGCACAGUGAUUGUGACUAAAGCAGCUGCAAAGUAUACUGUAAAUAAACUACACAAUUUACAAACU